AUGCGGAUUCGUACGCAGCGUAAAGACGUACAUCUUUUCCGCGACCGGACAUCGCGGCCGAACGUUGCGUAUCGUAUGUACCAGCCAGCGGUCGAGCGGCAGUAUCAGUACGGGAACCGCCCGGCACAGGCGCCCGAGGUGAUUGAUUUCAUCCAGCAAAAGGUCCGCGAUAGUCUGCCAGGUAAGGUGCUGGUGUAUGCAAACUCCGUAUCUGCCGUCAACGCACUUGCAGAAGUGCUCGAGUGUGAUGGAUACCACAGCUCCCAGAAUGCCAAGGCCGCUAUACUCGAACGGUUCCGUACUGGUGAGACCUCGGUGAUCACUGCCACCAGUGCACUUGGUAUGGGGGUUGACAUCCCCGAUAUCCGCUGCAUCAUCCACCUUGGCGCUCCCUACUCCCUCCUCGAGUACGCACAGGAGAGUGGCCGCGCCGGACGGGAUGGGUUACCCAGUGAGGCCAUCAUCAUCCAACCAGUUGGAGCCCCGCGUAUCCAGCAGGGGGGCAGCGUGGCCGAGUUCGAGCGGGUUGGGCGGUUUGUGGACUGUGCUGCUGGGGACUGUCGACGGUAUAUCCUGGACCAGUACCUCGACGGCUGUGUGGAUGGAUACUCCCGCCAGCGAUGUGGAGACGGAGCUGCUGGUCGUCUCGAGCGGCGGUGUGACCGAUGCGAGCCAGACCCAGAGGAUCCGGAUAACGUCGAUAAGAAGAGAACGGUUCGGGAUCUUCGUACCACCGCAUACAGUCCGUCCACCCAGUCCAUCGAUACGGACUUUUGGACGUCUGAACCCAGUGGGUUAUCUAGUGCGACCGAACGCAGUCCCUCCUACCACGGUUGUCGGUGGCUAGAGGACGAUCCAUUGGAUGACGAGGCGCCGGAUGAUAUCGACAUUGACUGCUACGUGGACCUCUUUGAAGACUUUCCCCCUGAUCCUGCCGUGGACGAUGACCAUGUGGCCCAGCUUGCACAGGAGCACGAAGAGGCCGAGCGGUUGCAGAUUGAAGCCGACAUUGCGGUUGGCGAACAGAUGCUGCUGGACGAGCGGUUCCGUGCUAAGGCGAUGAGUCCUCCUCGGAUAGCCAGUCUUGCCGCUGCACGUUCGCCCACCACUCCAGCGAUUCUACCGCCGCGGAACUCUCCCCGUGACGUGAGCCACCUCAGUCCCCACACACCAUCUGGGAAACGCGCUCGACCGAUCUCCCAUGACUUUACUGUCACAGAUCCCCCGGCCGUUUUCUGCACUGCUCGCGAUAUAUACAAGACAGGCCAGAGCUCGUCCAGUCUCCCGCCGGCAACCAAGCGACCGUAUGUCCCACGAACGCCCGUCCUCGCGCACCCUCCAGGGCAUUCCACGCCUCGGUCCACCCCACCGCGCAUCGAGCGUACCCCGUCCAAGGUCCGGUACACGGAUCACUCCGGAUCCCCUGCCAGCGAGACCCUGAUCGCGGAGGUCAUCCGGUGGGGUCAGCAGUGCUGGUUCUGUACGCAGGAUGGGAUGGAGCUAGAGCAGGUCUCCCACGAUCUCUGGCGGUGCCCUAACCCAGGGAACCAAGCGGCCAAGGAGUGGUGGACGUCCCGACGUGGUCAUGUCAAGCUCGUACCUGGCACAGCAUGUUUCAAGUGCUAUAUGCCACGACGGACGUGUGACCCUGGACACUUCCCUGGUACAAUCACGGAGUGUAAGUACCGAGGGAUGGUGUUCUCGAUGGUAGCGAUGAUGGCGCACCGGACCCAGCCGGCACGACUAACAGCUCGGACAGGCAGUCGUGUCGCCGCACGCAGUAUCCGAGAUCGAUGGCUUGAGGGGAUCGUGCAGCGGUUGACAGGCCAUUCGUAUGGCGAGACCAUUGAUCCCCACAACCGCGAUACGAUGUGUGAUUAUCUGGGGAUGGUAGACUAUACCACCGGCUUCAAUAUGCUGUGUAGGGAUUUUAUUUGGUUGCGAGUACAGUGGCAGAAGGCUGGGGAGAAGGAGGCACGGAUCUAA